AGGGCCCGGCCGCUUUCGGCCUGGGAAAGAGGAGCCACGGCCCGGAGAGGCGUCAGUGCCGGGCUGCGGCUGUGGAGGUCCUCGCAAUUGCUGGACUCAACCGCGCGCGCCCCCUACCGGUCCUGCAAAGGAGCCGCAGCCGCCGCGGGAGGCCACAGAUUCAAAGGAAAAAACAUGAAAAUUAAAAUCAAGUUACAAUUUUGUAUUGGCAUAAAACAUAUCAGCAAAUAAGAUGUCUGAAAAGGAGGGUAUGUCGGAAGAGCUAGAGGAUACUAUUAGUCAAUUUAGGAAAGAAUCUAGAUCACAGUCAAUGAAGGAGCCUGGCUUUAUUAAAGAAACAUCAAAUUUGAUAAACGAAGCUUCUGAUUACCUGGAAGGGAAAUCUUCUAACCAGAUUUAUGAAACACAUCCUAGACAGAAUACAUUAGAGCCAACAUCUUCCUCUGGAAGGAAGUCUAAGAGAAAUGAAGAACAAAAGAAAAAUCUUCAAUUUUCUGAAACAAGCACUAGAACAGAAACUUCACAGAGUUUAUCAUCACUAACUGGGAGGACUGCAGAAUAUCAGGCUUUGGUUAACUUCCUAUCUCAUGAAACAGUAGGAGAAGUUAGUCCACAAGUCUCUGAAGAAAAUCAGAAACAACUUGGCUUAGGGGCAGAUAACUUUACAGUUAACCUUGAGGCCAAGGGUUUACAGGAAUUUCCUAGGGACAUUUUAAAAAUCAAAUAUGUAAAAUAUCUAUAUUUAGACAAGAAUCAAAUCAAAACUUUUCAAGGGGCAGACUCAGGUGAUCUGUUAGGACUUGAAAUUCUAUCCCUGCAAGAAAAUGGAUUAUCAUCACUUCCAUCUGAAAUUCAGUUACUUCAUAAUUUAAGGAUAUUAAACGUCAGUCACAACCACAUAUCACAUAUACCUAAAGAAAUAUCUCAGCUUGGGAAUAUCAGACAACUCUUUUUUUAUAACAAUUACAUUGACAAUUUUCCUUCUGACUUAGAAUGUCUUGGAAACUUGGAAAUUUUAAGUUUGGGUAAAAAUAAGUUAAGACAUAUACCAGAUACUCUUCCUAGUUUAAAAAACUUGAGGGUUCUCAAUUUGGAAUAUAAUCAGUUAACAAUAUUUCCUAAAGCUCUCUGCUUCCUUCCAAAGUUAAUUUCACUAGACCUUACUGGAAACCUAAUAAGCAGUUUGCCAAAAGAAAUUAAGGAGCUUAAAAAUUUAGAAACACUUUUACUGGAUCACAAUAAGCUUACCUUUCUGGCUGUAGAAAUUUUUCAGUUACUCAAAAUAAAAGAACUCCAACUGGCCGACAAUAAAUUGGAAGUUAUUUCACACAAAAUUGAGAAUUUCAGGGAACUUAGGAUUCUUAUACUUGAUAAAAAUUUAUUGAAAAGUAUACCAGAGAAAAUAUCUUGCUGUGCAAUGUUGGAAUGCCUUAGUCUUAGUGAUAAUAAAUUAACAGAACUUCCUAAGAACAUCCAUAAGCUUAAAAAUUUAAGAAAACUCCAUGUAAACAGAAAUAAUAUGGUAAAAAUAACUGACAGUAUCUCACAUCUUAAUAACAUAUGCAGUCUAGAAUUUUCAGGAAACAUAAUCACAGGUGUUCCCAUUGAAAUAAAAAACUGCCAAAAAAUAAUUAAAAUUGAAUUGAGUUAUAACAAAAUAAUGUAUUUUCCAUUGGGACUGUGUGCUUUAGAUUCUCUUUAUUAUUUGAGUGUUAGUGGAAAUUGUAUUUCAGAAAUACCUGUGGAUGUAUCUUUCAGUAAACAACUGCUUCAUUUAGAACUGAGUGAAAACAAACUCCUCAUAUUUUCUGAGCACUUUUGUUCUCUUAUUAAUCUUCAAUACCUGGAUCUUGGUAAAAACCAAAUAAAGAAAAUUCCAGCAUCAAUUUCUAAUAUGAUAUCACUCCAUGUACUUAUUUUAUGCUGUAAUAAAUUUGAAACUUUCCCUAGAGAAUUGUGUACUUUAGAAAAUUUGCAAGUACUUGAUCUUUCUGAAAACCAAUUACAGAAAAUCUCUUCAGACAUCUGUAAUUUAAAAGGAAUCCAGAAAUUAAACUUCUCAAGCAAUCAAUUUAUACAUUUUCCUAUUGAACUGUGCCAACUUCAAUCACUGGAACAGCUGAAUAUAAGUCAGAUAAAAGGGAGAAAGCUAACAAGACUUCCAGGAGAGCUAUCUAAUAUGACUCAACUUAAAGAACUUGAUAUCUCAAAUAAUGCAAUCAGAGAGAUUCCAAGAAAUAUAGGAGAAUUGAGAAAUUUGGUUAGUUUACAUGCAUACAAUAAUCAAAUAAGUUAUCUUCCACCAUCUUUGCUAUCUUUAAAUGAUCUGCAGCAACUAAACCUGAGUGGAAAUAAUCUGACAGCUCUACCUAGUGCUAUCUACAAUCUUUUUUCACUGAAGGAGAUAAAUUUUGAUGACAACCCUUUGCUGAGACCUCCAAUGGAAAUCUGUAAAGGAAAACAGUUGUAUACUAUUGCAUGCUAUCUACAGAGGGCAGAUGAAAGAGAUGAGAAAAUCUUAGAGAAGAUAUUCAAGAUAGUUGCCAACAACAUCACUGAAACCAAUUUUGAAUUUUUAUGUCAAAAACUAAACCUGGCAAACUCAGAAACUGAUAUGCCUACAAAGAGAAAGCUGAUUUUAGUUUAUUACAUGUUUGUGAUCCACAUUGGAAGGCCAUAUAACGUAAUAAAGAACAAAGGCUAUGAGGACAGACUGACUUUUACUCACAACUGGCUUUGUGACCUUGGCACUGUUUCAUUAAGUGAGAGAGCCCACCAAGCACUUGUUAUAUGGAAAACACAAAGUAACAAGUUAUCACUAACUGCUGCUGAUUUAAGAGAUCAACUAAUUCGAGCACUAACUAUGAUAGGAGCAUAUGAAAUUAUGGACAAAAUAACAGCUUUAAAUCUUUUUACGCGUGCAAUUAAAUUCUAACCAGUGGAUCAAUAAUAAAAACUGAAAACUUUUGAUGCACUUAUGAUUGAAACUGUGUUUGUGAACCAUUUCACUUCACUUUAUCAUACAAGAGAAUUGCAUCUUUUUUCUUGCAUUCUUGAGAGAUGAUGACAACUUAUAACUACCACUCUAACGUUAUAAUAAAACAUUACAG